AUGGCAUACUCAGAGGCCGGAUCAGGUAGUGAUGCUGCACAAAUAUCAGGACCAGGACGUCGGUAUGAAGUGUUCCUGAAUUUCAGAGGACCCGACACUCGUCAUGGAUUCACAGAUUUCCUCUAUCACGGAUUAGUAAAUGCUGGAGUCUGCACAUUCAUGGAUGAUAAGGAAUUCCGCAUCGGCAAAGCGGUUAGUGGAGGCCUUCUUCCUAUCAACCGCUCCAGAUUCUACAUAGCCAUCUUCUCUCUGACUUAUGCUUCCAGUAUACGGUGCCUCCGUGAGCUUGUGUAUAUAGUAGACAAUGUAUCUAUGUCAAAGGGUACAAAAAGUAUUAUUCCUAUUUUUUUCUACGUGAAACCUGAUGAUGUUAAACUUGAGACUCGACUAUAUGAAGAUGCUCUACUGGAACACAAGAAGCAGUUUCCAGACGAAGUAGAGAGGUGGAGAGCGGCUCUUGCAGCAGUAGGUAGUAUCAAGGGAUGGGAGGUGAAUGAAAAUCGAAGCCAAGCAUGGGUAGUUGAAUCGAUUGUCGUAGAGGUUUUAGUGAAGCUGGAAACAAGAAAAAAAGUAUUGACUAAACAUUUAGUUGGACUCGAUGAUCAGAUAAAAGAGUUGACAGAAAUAUUAGAUGUCGACCAUCCAGUUGUGCAGCUCAUUGGAAUUUAUGGAAUGGGUGGCAUCGGUAAAACAACUGUUGCCAAGGUCGUCUUCAAUAUAUUAUCUUCCCACUUUGGAAAGACUUGUUGCUUCCUUGAGAACAUUCGAGAAAACUCGUUUACCAAGGAGGGCAUAUUCCAGCUACAAAAGAAAUUACUAUCUGACAUUGGUGGUGGUAAACAUGUGAAAAUUGUCGAUCAUUAUGAACAAGGAAUGAUGAUGAUUGAGAGAGUACUCAACACUAAGAAGGUCCUUGUGGUUCUAGAUGAUGUUGCUGAAGAACAGCACAUUGAGUACCUAAUAGGAAGACGUCCAUUAGCUCCAGGAUCUCGAAUAAUCAUUACAACGAGAGACCAAACUAUUAUACAAGUUAAGUGGUUUAAUGGUGACAUUCGACGGUAUGAGAUACCAAAGAUGGAUGAUGCUGUUGCACUUCAGCUUUUUUGUCGGCAUGCUUUUGAUAGAGACUUUCCUCUCAAUGAUUAUCGUAAACAUUCAAGUGAAAUUGUCUCAAUCAUGGGACAACUUCCUUUGGCUAUUGAAGUGAUAGGUUCAUCACUUAAGGGUCAAUGCAAAGAAAUUUGGGAAGAGAACUUGAUUUACUUAAGGAAUGUACUUAAUAGAGAGGUUCGAAAGAAGUUGCAAAUUAGCUAUGAUGGCCUAGACAAAUUUGAGAAACAAAUUUUUCUUGAUAUAGCAUGCUUCUUUUUCAAUGAGAAGAAGACAGAUGCAAUUUAUGUGUGGGACGAUUGUCUACUUGAUCCACUAAUAAGAAUUAACAUCCUUACCCAGAAGUGCUUGAUAAAGGUAUUGGACAAUGGUAAACUUUGGAUGCAUAAUCAAUUAAUAGCAUUGGGAAGGCAAAUUGUCUCAGUGAAGACAGUCUAG